ACACCGAAUCGUUCCCCGUUCUGAACUCGGUUUCUUCCCCUCCGCUCCUUUUAGGAUUCUAAUCGGCGACAUUUUAUUCAUUCCAAAGAAAAAGAACGGGGAGGAAUAACGCAGACCUCCCUCGGCGUCACGGGCGCUUCCCGGCCACCAAUCCAUCGAUUAAAGAUUUCGUUCCUGGUGGGGAAAGAGAGAGAGAGAGAGAGAGCGAUGGCGGCUUCUGUGUCGGCGUGGGCGAAACCAGGCGCGUGGGCGUUGGACGCCGAGGAGCACGAGGCGACCAUGACCAAGGGCGAUGAGAACGCUUCCUCGGAGACGGCGCAGCAGCAGCAGGAUGACUUCCCUUCUCUCGCCGCCUCCAAGACCCCCAAGAAGAAGAAGAAGGCGCAGGCCGUCUCCCUCGCCCAGUUCACAACAGGCAGGCCUGUCUCCCAUGGCGCUGCCGGCCGCGUCUCUUCCUCCUCCAAGGGCCUCACUUCCGACGAGCUCCUCCUCCUACCCACCGGCCCACGCGAGCGCUCUGCUGAGGAGCUCGAGCGCUCCUCUUCCCGCGGCUUCGGCUAUGCCUACGGCGCCCGCGGUCGGGCCUCAGGGGAGGACACCAACCCCACCCGCUGGGGCUCGUCUAGGGUUUCCGACGAGCCGAGGAGGGGUGGCUUCGAAGGAUCUGGCGGUGGAUCUAACCGGGAUCUGGAACCGUCCCGCGCCGACGAGAUCGACGACUGGGGCGCGGCGAAGAAGUCCUUCGUGCCACAGAGGAGGGAGAGGGGAGGAGGAGGAGGGGGUUUCUUUGAGUCGCAGUCCAGGGCUGACGAAUCGGAUAGCUGGAUCUCGAGCAAGAGCGUUGCGGCGCCACCCGAUGGACGGAGGAUCGGCGCUGGUUCCGGAUUCGAUGGGCCGAGAUCGAGGAUGGAUGGUUUCGAGAUGUUUAAUAAGGAGGGGUCCAACGGCGGCCGAGCUGAUUCUGAAUCAUGGGGAAGGAAGAAGGAUUUCACGGAUUCUGAGACAUGGAAGAGAGACGAGGAAAGAAGCAGCGGAGGAAGGCGUAGGCUUGUGCUGCAACACCGCUCGUUGCCGUUGUCCAAUGCAAACACCGGAGAACAAGCCCUAGGGGAGCAGGAAAAGGAAUCUACCGAGAAGAAGAGCAGAGGUUCGAACCCCUUUGGAGGAGCCCGUCCUCGAGAAGAUGUAUUGGCGGAGAAGGGGCAGGAUUGGAAGAAGAUUGAUGAGAAGCUGGAGGCCAUGAAGAUCCAUAAUGCAUCGCUUGAGAAGACUUCAUUUGGGGUGACAAAUGGGACUCGUAGAUCACCUGAGAACCACACAGAUGGGGCUUGGAGGAAACCAGAGACAGCUGAGGCUUCACCUCUGAGGGAAGACAAGAUUGAAAGCACAGUACCUGAAAACUGAAUUAUACAGAUGGAUGCCCUCAGAAGCAGAGAUUUAUCCAACUAAUGGGUCAUAUUGAAGGCGCUGGGUUGUGGAAUUUUUGAAACAACAGUUUUGGUAGAUGAGUUAGUAUCGUCGGUUUUGCUUGUGGAGGAGUGAGCAUGGCACAUCCAAAUCGUCUGCCUUCACUGCGUUUUUAGUAGGUUCUUCAUGAUCUAAUGGAUCUUUUUUCAUUUUUAUGUCAUAGAGUUAUAUUAUUCUGAGAGUGUCACCAGUGUUGUGUGAUUUUGAAUUGCCAUACAAUGUUUACAUUUGUGUUCAAGGUUGAUUGUACUGUCA